UUCAUCAUUUAAAAUUUCCGGAAUGGUAUCAAGAGCCAAUUCAUUGCUUUGUGAUCACUCGAUAAUAUGAAAAUCUGUUCAUACGAUCUUUUCGUAUGAGUUUGUGAGUGUGUUCGUGUGGUUUGUGUGUUAGCUAAUGGUAAAUGUGCACGUAGCUCUUCCAUUCUUUCCUGUCAUAAAUCAUUUGUCGAAACCAGAGCUCAACCAAUCUCAUGAAUCUUUAUGUUAUAGGCAGUUCUUUUCAUCAUGGCAGGACAUAGAGAAUCAUAUGCAGCCCGUGAUCAUUCACCGGCCUCCUCCUCCUCCUCGCCCUCGUCGUCGCCGUCGUCGUCGUCGUCGACUUUGUCAGUGAAUACGUCGGGGAAGUGUCCCCAAACAUAUUUCUUACUGUGUGCGCUCACUGUUGCUCAGGUCGGAUUGCUGUCUCUGUUUUUCAUCUGGACUGUCCAAACUUGUUAUACUCGAUAUCAGCGCGUCAUCAUCGUUUAUCCUAUCGAUUCGAAUCCUCGGCUCCGAUCAAUGAGUAAUGAUUCUCACCGAGACGACAUCAAUCAUCAUCAUCACCACCAUGGCAACAAAAGCAACAUCACGACUGAUCUUCUGGGAGACAUUCAGCAUGAGGGGACACCUGUUUUCAGCAAUGAUAGUGGGCAGUUAUCGAACUUUCGUCCAGACUCAAAACGAAAUGUCAGUAUCGUCGGAACGACGCGGUUUGAAUUACUCGCCCUCACAUUAAAAUGGUUAGAGAGUUUGAAGAUAUUGAAUUUAGAUUAUGACGUCACAUUAAUCGUAGAAGACCAACCUGCGUAUAGAAUACUGUCAAAAAGGAAAAACAGUGCGAAAAAGUUAUACAAGACGCGUUUAAAACCAAGACGGGAGCGGCAAAACGGGACGCGAGUCAUGAGUUUGACACUAUCUGAUUGUGACGUCGUACUGGACAUUCUCGGUUCGGGUAGAGACGUACUGAAUACUGCAACCGAUUACGUUUGGUUAAAAGAUCCCAUACCUCUAAUAUGGCAGAAGUAUAACCAGUGCGACAUGUGGAUCCAAAGCGGGGAGAAUCAAACGCAGGGUUUUAUGUUCCUGAAGUCAUCGCCAAAGAUAAUCUCCUGCGUGAAAGCUUUGAAAACGAAAAUGGCAAGGAAGUCGAAAGCGCCACGAUCAUUGGUUGCCGAUGAUACCCUAGUACAUGCGCUAAGGACUGGGUUGCAUCGCUUCUUGGACACUUUUGAUUUACGUAUAUGCCACUUGGGAGAAGCUUAUUUCCCUUGAUAAAUAUAUAUGUAUGUGAGGAGGAGGGGUAGUAUCUGCCCACAAGUGGGGAAAUCCUCAUGGUGCCUUUAGAAAGGGGUGUAUUUAAGGAGGAGGGGUGGUACUCUGCUCACAAGGGGCAAAUCCCCAUGGUCCUUUGAGAAAGAUGUGUAUUUGAGGAGGAUGGGUGGUACUCUGCCCAUAAGGGGGUAAUCUUCAUGGUGCCUUUAGAAAGGUGUGUUUUUGAGGAGGAGGGGUGGUACUCUGCCCACAAGUGGGGAAAUCUUCAUGGUGCCUUUAGAAAGGUGUGUAUUUGAGGAGGAGGGGUGGUACUCUGACCUGCCAUGUAGCUUACUUUAUACAAGCAUACAUACCAGUAAUGCUUUCUUAGCAGUCAGGUAAAAACAAAACAUCAAUAGAGGAGUAGCUCGAUUCCGAAAGGCCCUAAAUCCAUUUUUGGCCAAUAUCGACUCCCCCCCCCCCCUUUCCCCCAUGGAAAAGUGGAGCGAUGUGGAGCGAUGUGUGUGCAGCGCUUUGUAACCACAUUGAAAAGGCGCUAUAUCAAAUAUCUUUUGGAUUGGAUUGGAUUUGAACAGUUACAGUGGUUAAAACGUGCGCCCCCUCCCUAACACAAGAGAGAGAACUCCCUCCCCCAAAAGGAGGAACAUGAAACUUGUAUUUACACAUACAGAUUACAUUUUGAUGAGUUGGCUCGAUUUGCCUACGAAGAUUGCGGACAAAAUUUCAACAGUACGAAAAAACACACCAGGUUCUGUAAAACUGAGAAAAAGAGAAGAUUUCUAAAUGAAAUGAUAAGUGAUUUGUGACUUUCAAGGAAGAAAAAAACAAUUUCUAUCGCUCGUGACGGCCAUUUUAUUUUAAUUGUUAAGAAUUCAAGAACUUCCGGGGGCUCCGACCCCUCAACCCCAGCAAAGCCUGGGCCCUUGGACCCCAUCCGUACAAAUAUUGUCUUUAGGAGAGAGUGUGUGUUUUAUGAAGUUCAAGCCCCACAUGAAGGCAAGCUUUCGUCCAUACACUAUUGUGCACUUUGGGUUAUUCACACCAUACUGUGAGGUUGAGUGGGUUGCAUACGGUGGUGUGGGAUAAGGACUAUAAGGGGUAUUAUUUGUUUUACAUUAUAACUGAUUUCGUUUGUUUCUUUUCGUUCGUAAGUUAUGACUUGUUAUGCAUUAAAGUUGAUAGAAUUAUCAUA